AUGAAUAUGCAGACUGUCAUAUUGUCUGGCGACUUCAUUCCGGACUCUGAGAGGGUGGCUUCUGUCACUUUGCUCUCAAUGACGCAGCCUGGGACCGUGACUUACUCGGGGCGAGGCGAAGAGGAAGGCAAGCUAACUGUCAAGGUCCCUGCACUAUGCAGUGUAAUACACUCGACUGCCAGGCUGGUCAUCACUGAUACCGGCUCUGCAGUCAACCCUAGUUGCCAACAUCGGAACUGCGGGCAAGUUGCGCCGGCAGACCCGAUGCUCUGCAAGCCGGCAUUCGUCAAUACCUGGGCCAAGAAGCCAGUUGAGGAGUCUAGAACACCGUUUCGCUCCUAG